CAGAUAACCAUCAAAUACUCGAAGGCGAAUGAUCAUUUCAUUGUUGUGCCAGUAUUUAGAUCCAUCUCUAACUUCCACGUGAAGCUUACCCCGACUGUCUGCAUUCUUCUACCUCGGCUUAUUCAGGAAUUCCCGAUUUAUCUCUAGAGUCACUUGGCAGCGUCGUGCUUCUCCUCUCUCUUCCCUCCAUUUAAUUACGAUCUAUUAGCUACGACACUCAAUUGAACACUGAAGCGUCGAGCAAAAGCUCACUUGAAAUCAUAUUCUUCAACCCCUCUCAUACAAAUACGCUCUGUAACUCCAGUCAGCUCAACAUGGGUAUCCCCAAGAUCACGCUCUAUGUAGACACUGUGUCGCCCUUUGCGUACAUCGCCUAUUACAUCCUUCGUCAUGAUCCGGCCUUCGCUCGUGUUCAAGUCACCUUCACACCCAUCUUGCUGGGCGGUCUGAUGAAGGUCUGCAACAAUACAGCACCUAUCAACAUCAAGAAACGGCUCCGCUGGGCCAAAUUCUUCAACGUGCCCAUGCACGGAUCCAUGCCCACACCCUUCCCGCAACCGACCCUGAACAUCAUGCGCGCCCUCUGCGCCAUCCGUCAGAUGGACAAGGACGACAAGCGCUUCCUCCACGUCCUCGACCACCUCUAUACCGAGUUCUUCGUCCAUCGCAAGGAGACCUCCAAGCCUGACGUCCUACGGGAGUCCCUCGAAACCGUGCUCGGCACCGAAGAGACGGCAAAGGUUCUGGAAGUCGCAGCCACCGAGGGCAAGAAGAUCCUGGCCGCCAACACUAAUGAGGCGUUCGACUCUGGUGCUUUCGGACUCCCGUGGAUGGUGUGCACCAAUGCUGCGGGCGAGCAGGAGGGCUUCUUCGGUGUCGACCACUUGGCCCAGGUCGCCAACUUCCUGGGGUUGGAUAUCCAGCGCCUGCAGAGCGGAUGGAAGAGUGUGCUGUAA